AUGCAGACGAAUGACAACGAUCCGCAACUAAAUGAACUUACUGAACGAAUACGUUAUGAAAUUCGAGGAAUGACUGAAUGGGAUAAACUUGGUAAGUUACUAAUUAAAAUUGGUCAAUUUGAUAGAGAUAAUGAAUUAUACGAAUAUCUCGUCGAUCGAUCACAUAAUGAUCGUGAGAAAAUACAUUUCUAUCAUCAACUUGAUUGGAAUAAGAAAAAAGAAAGAAAAUAUGAAGAUGCUAUUAUAUAUUAUGAAGAAUCUCUUAAAAUUAAACAAAAAAUUAGACUUCGAAAUCCUUCUUCAUUUGCUGCUACUUUUAAUGAUAUUGGAUCAGUAUAUGAAAAAAUGAAUAAACACACAGCAGCACUUAUGUAUUACGAAAAAGCACUCGAAAUUCAACGAAAAAUACUUGCUUCAAAUGAUCUUGCGUUAGCAUCUACACUCAGUAGAAUCGGGUCUAUUUACGAAGAAACAGGUGAAUAUUCAAAGGCCCUUUCAUUUCAUGAAGAAGCACUUGAAAUUCGACAAAAAUGA